AAACCCCAUCGAAGAAGAGGGAGUGGGUGUCUCGCUUUCUCUACAGUCUCUGGCUUUACUACCCUGCGACUCUAACCUAUCGAGACAACAUAGAAAACUGGCCAUAUAGCUAGCUGUUUAUCUUUUGAUAAAGAUGUCAACCACAACCGGCGGCGGAGAGUUUGGCAACCCCCUGCGGAAAUUUAAGCUCGUAUUCUUAGGCGAGCAAAGUGUGGGGAAGACAUCGCUUAUCACCAGGUUUAUGUAUGACAGCUUUGACAAUACCUAUCAGGCUACAAUUGGCAUCGACUUUUUAUCGAAAACGAUGUACCUGGAAGAUCGUACGAUUCGGCUCCAGCUGUGGGAUACGGCCGGGCAGGAGCGGUUCCGCAGCCUCAUCCCCAGCUACAUCAGAGACUCAGCCGCUGCUGUGGUGGUUUAUGACAUAGCAAAUCUCAAUUCAUUCCAGCAAACCUCAAAGUGGAUUGAUGACGUCAGAACAGAGAGAGGAAGUGAUGUUAUUAUCAUGCUUGUGGGAAACAAAACAGACUUGGCUGAUAAAAGACAAGUAUCUGUUGAGGCUGCAGAGAGGAAAGCUCGUGAACUCAAUGUGAUGUACAUAGAGACCAGCGCCAAGGCUGGCUAUAACGUCAAACAGCUGUUUCGCCGUGUUGCUGCAGCCCUACCUGGGAUGGAUAGCACACCAGAGAAGGGCAAAGAGGACAUGAUCGAUAUCAAACUGGAGAAGCCACCAGAGAUGGCAGUGACGGAGAGCAGCUGCUCCUGCUAGUAAACACCCCCUCCACCUGACCUUCCUCCUCACCACCAACAGCUUGUGUCUCAGUGGCCACUCUCCCCACCCAUGGCUCACUGCCAUCGACCUGAGAACCUGUCUUCCCCCCCCCCCCCCCUUUUCGACUCAGUGACUUUUCGGAGUAAUCGUGUGGAUGUGCUAUUACUCUGUAUUUAAACAGAUGAUAUUCAACUAUAUUAAAGGUUAAAAGUCAAACACAGAAUAGGUUGAAAGCUGAAUAUGUUCAGAUUUUCAUCCAACUGCAUGACAUUAUAUAGGAUUGCAGACUGACAUAGCUAACUGCUCUCGGGUUAUUGCGUUGUUGUGAAGUGAUAUUGUUUGAGAUUAUUUAAGUGACUAUUAAAGGGAUAAGGUCUCAGUC